CAGCAGCCCAUCUUACAUAAACACCACUCCCCGACCGCUUCCGCCGCUGACUUAGCAGCCUUGCAAGGACCGGCACAUCCAGUCAAAGUGUCGAGCCUGUCGUCCUUCGGAGUCUGUCCUGCGCCACGCGAGCCCCUCGUCUUGCGUCUUGCGUACUGCGUCUUGGGCCUUGUGCGAGCCAGGGAGAGAGAACACGCGUCAAUUUAGCCGUCGUACAUGAAGCGGCCCUAGUCCACCACCACAGCUUUUCGAAACUCACGCGCAGCCAGCAGCCAGCAGCCAGCAGCCGACAGCCGAGGGAGAAAAUAGCCACCGCCUGCAUCCAUCAUCACUUACUUGGAUCAGCCCGGCCCUGUCGGCAAUACCACUUUCACUUUAGUCAUCAAAGCUGCUCGUACACUCGCACCCUCUCGGACUUCCUGGCCCAAUCCGUCACGGUUUGGUCUUGUCGACACCUGCCUGGUACGGACGGUAUUGAUUUUGACUUGUCGGCGCGCUUAUCAGUCAGUUUCGUCACGGUCCUGGUCCCGGUGUGUGCCUGUUACUGGCGCUGGGAUCUGUUUUGCUGCUGCUGCUGCUACUGCUACUGCUGCUGCUGAGUCAGAGCGAGCCUGCCAGCUGAGCGAAGCACAAGACUGCAUCUCGACUUUGGCAGCAGGUCCAGUGCCGCAAGAUGCAGGCUGCCAACAACAAGCCUGCAGAGACACGAGGACAGCCGGACGGUUCGUCGCCUUCCAACAGCACCGCAAAAUCAUCGGUUGCUGCCGCCAAUUCACAUCCAAAGCUGGUCCCGCGGCCCCAGCCGUCGCCGGUCUCAUCGGUUACUCAGCCGCUGGCACAUGGUUUCAGCGACGCGACAACUCCAACCGCUGCUGCCCCAGUCUUCGACCCUGAAUCGUCCAUUCAUCCAACACUGAGGAGCCCUGGCUACGUCCCCACGCCAAAUAUGAUGCCAAGCGGUGCUCAACCUCCUCCCGAGCACCCCGGCCCGGUUCACAUGCCGCCAAACUCGUCCGCUCCGCUCGAUGCCGAGGACCCUAAUGCAGACGGGCGGAAGGCUAAGCGAGAACUAUCGCAAUCCAAGCGCGCUGCCCAGAACAGGGCUGCCCAGCGAGCAUUCCGUCAACGCAAGGAAGGUUAUAUUAAGAAACUGGAGCAACAGGUCCGCGAGUUUCAUGACGCGGAGCAACUUUACAAAGGCAUACAAUCAGAAAACUUUGCGCUGAGAGAGUAUAUCGUACACUUGCAGUCUCGACUGAUGGAAGCCCAAGUUGAAUUUCCUCCGCCGCCUCCGAACGUCAACCUGUCUCUGCCCCCGGGUCAUGGCAUCCCUGACCAACCAGCGCCUGUUCCUCCUCAAGAGGAUGCCCCGAUGACUGACCCAACGCCGAACACUGGGUCCGCUACGGGCACCUCGUCACUAGACGAAGUUGCACAAGCAGUGCAGAGCCUGAACAGGUCCGAGGCCUCGUCUUACAAGAUAGAGCCAACAGCGGCCGAGUCGCAGGCGGCAGAGGACGCGCGUACGGCAGAGGAGAUGACGCGACAAAUGGAAGCGGAGCAAGUGCCGGCAGCUACCAUGUAGGGCAAGGUGUAUGCUGGUCACUUUGGCUACCGUGGGGAGGAGGGCGGAGAGGAUCAGCCGGUUAAGAAGCCGUCCUAUGCGCCGUGAGGCGCCCUUGCUCACUAUAGGUGGAGGUGGAAUUCGCGGACUGGCAACAUGGUCUUAGAAGCAUGCCCGUUAUUCUUUGCUUACAAGGGCUUGUGGUGUUUACGGUGUUCAGACGUGAUGGGCAGAGUUUUCGACUUUUACUUGGAAGACGGGGUGCAGGGGAUCACGGACAUCGGAGAAGCAGCAGAUCUCCUAUUCUUUGAUAGCGGCUUGAGGGGGUAGGGUCUAGCUUCUACCUGCUGGUAGAAUGGCAGAAAUUGUAUUUGUGAAGCAUUCUCGUCUUUGUAUUAUGAGAUAUCGGUGUGCCUAGUUGUAAAAGCGUGGUGUUCCAGGCUUAGGACGCUGCGACUUUGGCCUCUUUCUGCGGACGAUAGUUCAGAAGUCGGCGGACAGCCAGUCAAGACCGGGUCGCAGAGGUGGAUGCUCGCUCAACCAUGCCGACUCCCGCCAGAAGACGUUGUUACCACGUGCCUAG